GUGGGCGCAGUCGUCGAGAACGCAAGUCGCGAACAGAGAAGCUUCUAAUUUAGUUCGCAAUCGCAAGUGAAAAAGUGCACACAAACAACACCAAAACAAACAAGAAAAAGUGACAACAAUAAUUUAGAAAACCGAUUUAUUUUUUGAACGAAAACGGGGUCCCUAUAUUCCGACAAGAUGUCUCACACAGUAACGGUUACCAGGACAACAACAACGACAACAACAUCGGCCAUCAUUUUAAAUACGGGAUACAUGAAAACGUAUCCUGGAAUCCUUAAACUCCUGCAAACUAUUUUGGGAAUCGUUGUCGUAGGUCUAUUGGGACAUUACCACAAGACCUUUUACUACACCCACGAGAUCUUCUUCCUGCUGAUGGCCGUGACGUUUCUGAUUGCAACCUUCCUGCUACUUCUCUCCUGCCUCACAUCGAUUUCCACUGCUUCGAUCAUCAGCAAGACAUCAUACGAAGUGAUCUAUCAUGGAGCAGCCUGCAUUAUGUACAUUGCUGCGAGCAUCGCUUUCCUCGUCAAAGUCAGUGAUAAUAGACGCAGCGGAAGCUAUGAACCUGAUAUGGCAGCAGGAUCUAUUGGAUUAGCCAUCGCCAUUCUCUACCUCUUCAGCACAGUUUUAGCUCAAAGGUCGUACAGGGGACUGUAAAUCUGAGCUUUAACUAAUCUUUAAUUCGUCUAAUUUUAUAUAAAUAUAGAUUAGUUGAAGCUUUCUGCUUAACAAUGCAUUUGAACGAACGUAAUCUCGAUUUAUAGUAAAAAUAAAACUUUCUACUGUAUUAAUUCUGAUGAAUGAAAAGUUCAAUUUUCAAUUUUAUAUACUGUAUACACAAAAUGGUAAAAAUCUCGUGUUCAAAGCGUUGAUCGAUGUGCCUUAAAUGUUUGCUAAUUUUUAUAAUCAUUGUAUUUUUUAUCUCUUGAUAAUUCAAUGUGACUUUUUUGUUAUUUCUUGUACUAAUUUUUGUAAUAAGAAGUGUACUGUAUAUUUAUUGUAAUUAGUGUGUAAGUGUGAUCAAUCAAUAAACGAAUACAAUAUUAA